AUGGAAAGAAGAAAUCAAACUGUUGUCUCAGAGUUCCUCCUCCUGGGCUUGCCCAUUGAGCCACUCCACCAAGACCUGUUCUAUGCCCUGUUCCUGGUCAUGUACCUCACCACCGUCCUGGGGAACUUCCUCAUCAUUAUCCUUAUUCAGCUGGACUCACACCUCCACACGCCCAUGUACUUGUUUCUCAGUAAUUUGUCCUUCUCUGACCUCUGCUUUUCCUCUGUCACCAUUCCCAAAUUGCUGCAGAACAUGCAGAGCCAAGUACCAUCCAUCUCCUAUGCAGGUUGCCUGACACAAAUGUACUUUUUCCUACUAUUUGCAGACCUCGAGAGUUUCCUCCUUGUGGCCAUGGCUUAUGACCGUUAUGUGGCCAUCUGUUUCCCCCUGCACUAUGCUAGCAUCAUGAGCCCCAAGCUGUGUCUCUUCCUGGUGAUACUUCCUUGGCUACUGACUGUAAUCAUCUCUUUGUCUCACACGCUACUCAUGGCUCGGGUUUUCCGCCAUUUUUUCUGUGACAUGUCAGCUCUUCUGAAGUUAGCCUGCUCUGAUAUCCAAACCAAUGAAAUGAUGAUAUUUAUCUUAGGAGGACUUGUCAUUAUUGUCCCAUUCCUGUUGAUAUUUUUAUCCUAUGUGCGAAUAGUGUCCUCCAUUCUCAAGGUCCCCUCUUCUAGAAGCAUACGAAAGGCCUUCUCCACCUGUGGUUCCCACCUCUCUGUGGUGUCUCUCUUCUACGGGACAAUCAUUGGUCUCUACUUAUGUCCAUCAGCUAAUAAUUCAACCAUUAAGGAGACUGUCAUGGCUGUGAUGUACACAGUGGUGACCCCUAUGCUAAACCCCUUCAUCUACAGCUUCAGAAAUCAGGAUAUAAAGGGAGCUUUAAGAAGGGUGUUCUCAAAGCAGAUGGCUAGCUUUUCUCUGGGACAAUGA